CGUCACCCAUUCUCGGGGCAUGCCAGCAUGGGCGCACGUUCAACCCAACAACCAUGGUCUACAGACAGCCGUCGAGCAUCGAAGGGCUGGCGCACACCAUCAUUGGUGCGGGCACCCUCGGCCGGCGGAUCGCCCUCAUGUGGCUGACCCAGGGCGGCACUGUGCACCUCUUCGACUCCAAUGCGGAGGCGCUUCAGAGCGCACAGACGUUCAUCGACGAGAAAAUCGACGCCGUUCUCCUCGAAGUCGUCCCCAACGGCAAGAGGGGCACGCUCAAGGUAUUUACCGACCGCAGCGAGGCGCUGCAGGCGACAUGGCUCGUCACCGAGGCGGUGCCUGAGAAUCGCCAGCUCAAGAUCGAUGUCCUGGGAGAGCUCGACGCCGCCACGCCCGAGUCGGUCAUCAUUGCGACGAACAGCUCCAGCUUCACAGCCAGCGAGAUCAUCGACAAGGUCACCAACAGGGCGCGGAUCAUCAACAUGCACUACUACUUGCCGCCCCGUCUGCUGCCCCUCGAGAUCAUGCCCAACCCGUACACCGACGCUGGCAUCCUGCCGCUCCUCGUCGAGCAGUCGCAGCGCCACGGUCUGCUUACCUAUGCGGUCAAGAAGGAGUCCGUCGGCCUGAUUGCCAACCGGGUCUGGGCGGCCAUCAAGCGCGAGUGCCUCUACGUCGUCGCCGAGGGCGUCGCUGAGCCAGCGCAGAUCGACAGCCUGCUGCAAAAGGGCCUCGGCUUCGCCCACCCUCCCUUCUACGCCAUGGACCUCGUGGGCCUGGACGUCGUCCGCGAUAUCGAGGCACACUAUCGCCACAAUCGCAAGGGUCUUCCCGACGAGGUCAUGCAUCUGCUCGACGACAAGAUCGCCAAGAACGAGCUGGGGGCCAAGACGGGUCAGGGUUUCUAUCCUCACCCUCCCAAGAAGGAGGUCGACGCCGACGCUGACGCCGACGCCGACGACCACUUGAUCUACCUCGACAUCGUCAAGGGCGAGGUGCGCUCCAUGACGACGGCGGGAACCGGGGUCAAGAUCCUUGUCGGCGGCCUCCGCACGUGCUCGGACGGCGUCCAGGUCGACAGUGCCACCGGCGACGUGUACUUCACCAACAUGGGUUCCUCGCCCACGGCCAGCGACGGCACCAUUUCCAAGCUUGCCAAGGGCGAGACCGAGGCCAAGGUUGUCGUGCCCAGCGGCGCCAUCUUUACGCCCAAGCAGUGCCACCUUGACCAGGGCGCACGCAAGAUCUACUGGGCGGACCGCGAAGGCGGCCGUGUGCAGCGCGCCCAUCUCGACGGAUCGCAGGUCGAGACGCUGUACGACGCGGCACCGGGCAAGCCUCGCCCCCUGACCGACGCGCUCGACUGGUGCGUGGGUGUGACGGUGGACCCCAAGCAGAAGCUCGUCUACUGGACCCAAAAGGGCCUCAGCAAGGGCUCCGUCGGUCGCAUUCUGCGGGCCAACCUCGAGGUCCCGGCAGGCCUGACGGCGCAGACCAGAACGGACAUCGAGACGCUGUUCGACCACAUGCCCGAGCCCAUCGACCUGGAGAUUGAUUCUGAGGAACAGCUGCUGUUCUGGACGGACCGCGGCGACCCGCCCUUUGGCAACACGCUGAACAAGUACGACGUGAGCACCGCCCUGGAGCCCAAGCGGAAGCCCCAGCAGCCAGACGGGCGCCUCAUCGUCGCUGAGCGCUUCCACGAGGCCAUUGGUCUGGCGCUGGACACAGAGAAGCGCCUCGUCUACGUGUCCGACCUGCUGGGCUCGCUCUGGAAGACUGACUACGAGGGAAAGACCAAGACGGCCCUUGUCCGCGACGAGGGCAACUUCUCGGGCCUCGCCUUUGUCCGCGGCCAGUCAAGCCAGUAG